AUGACAAACAUUUUGAUUGGCUCAAGCAGUAAACCAAUCAAAUAAUCCAUAACAAGAAUGAAGAACGCGAGAAGCUGGUGAUGAGAAAAGCAACCAAUCACAAGCGAACGAAUGAAAGGCAGAGAAUUCAAACUAUAUACAGGUCUCCAGCACAAGUUUUCGAAUACCGGUAGCUUCCGAUCCCUGGCUUUUCCCUAGCAUUUUUACCCGCGAUCGUGAGAAAUGGCCAAUACAGACAACAUAAGGGUUGCAAUCAGAGUUCGUCCGUUGAUAAAAAGGGAAAAUGAUUCCAAUCAUUCAAUCAAUUGGAAGGUUGAAAAAAACACUAUAAGCCAAUUGUCUAAUGGAAAGAUCGUCCCAAACUCAUCGUUCAUUUUUGGUAAGACAAGAAAUGUANUAUAUUGUAGUUCCCUCACAACUUUUUUCCUCUUUGUCCACUCAUCAUGCUUUAUCCCAAGUAAUUUCAUCAUUUUUGCAGGAACUCUAUUUGCCUAUGGGCAGACAUCAUCUGGAAAAACAUAUACCAUGAUGGGAGAUCAGCAAAAUCAAGGUGUCAUCCCCAAGGCAGUUGGCGAAAUAUAUGAUUAUAUUGAAAAGCAUCCCUCUAGAGAAUUUUUGAUUCGAGUAUCGUACAUGGAAAUCUAUAACGAGGAUAUUAAGGAUUUGCUGAAUCCAUCUAAGACGAAUCUCAAGAUCCAUGAUAACGCUCAGAGGCAAGUUUACGUUGGUGAUCUUACAGAGGAGGUUGUGUCCUGUCCCGAGGACGUGUUCAAGCAUAUGAUGCGGGGAGAGAAAAAUCGGCACUUUGGUGAAACUAACAUGAACGACCGCAGUAGCAGAAGUCACACAAUUUUCCGAGUGGUAAGUUAUCCGGUGCCAGUUACUCCAACUCGAUCCCAGAGACUAAAUUUCAACGAAAAGCAUCACAAAAAAAAAAUUGUUCGCGCGCAAUCUUGGGGCGAGAUGAGGCAAGUGUAUGUUGGUGAUCUUACAGAGGAAGUUGUGUCCUGCCCCGAGGACGUGUUUAAGCACAUGAUGCGGGGAGAGAAGGAAGUUGUGUCCUGCCCCGAGGACGUGUUUAAGCACAUGAUGCGGGGAGAGAAAAAUCGACACUUUGGUGAAACUAACAUGAACGACCGCAGUAGUAGAAGUCACACAAUUUUCCGAGUGGUUAUCGAGAGUCGAGAAAUGAUGGACGAAAGCAAAGACCGCGAUGCGAUAGAUGGUGNCCCGUGUCGGCAUGUCUUCCGAAGCAGAACGAAGUAUUACCUCUGGUACCCAGGUCUUGUCUUCCACGCACAGAGACGUGAGACCUGGUGUCCAGGGGCUCUUCUUGCAAAUGCUCCGCUCGCUUCAGCUGCUGCUCUUGCGGCAAACUCGGUGCAAGUUCGUCUGGCGCGAAUCUCAUCGAGCCCAAGCAGUGAGGAAAGCGAGUUUGAUGAGAUGUCCAGAGAUGCGUUCCUAUCAACUCUGGACGAAGAAGAAGAGCGAAAGAAUUCUGAGGAUGGCCGAAGAAAAGUGGGCUUUGCAAGUCCGCGAGCAAAGAGGUGUUUGUCUCCAAUAAUCGACACGGCACAAGAGGAUAAAGAAAUGCAGACAGAGCCGGAUGAAAAGUCGAUUCAUUUGGAACUUGAAGUUAAGACUUUGCGGAAAGAGCUGCACGAAGCCACCCAAACGCGAGAUCUGUAUCACGAAUUGUUGGAGGAAAGUAAUACAUUGCUGGAUAAAAUGUCAACCGAGAGCGGCCGAGGUCCAACUCCUACGAACUCGGACAUCACGCUGAAAUACGUAGCAGAACUGAGAAACGAAAAAGCCGAUCUAGAGACUCAGGUUUCAGUGCUGAAGACACAGUGUCAGGAUUUGGAGAAUCUUAAAGCGAGGAACAAAGAACUGGAAGGCGAAAUUCAGUCACUUGAGGAUGAGCGCACACUGUCCAACGAAUAUUUGUCCGAGCUGCAGGCUGAGUUUGAAAGUGUGCAGGCCGAAAAACAGGCUCUCGCAGCCAGGGUCGAAGGACUGGAGAAUACAGGAGCACUCGACACUGCUGCUAAAAUAGAAUUGGGCUCGCUACAGAUGAAGCUCGAGGAAAGUGAACGAGAGAAGGCGAGACUGGAAGAAAACCUUGAUUCUUGGAGAGAGAGGUACGCUAGUCUUGAAAGCGAUGUAGCGCGACUCCAAACUGAGCUUGUGUCUGCUGUGGACGACAAACGUCAAUUUGAGGAAAGACUGACUGUAGCAACUGAAGAAGGCUCGUUGAGGGCAAAGGAACUUGAGAUUCAAGUGAGAGAGUUGAAGGAAAGAUUAUCCAAUGUGAACGAGCAGGAACGAAUGAUGACACUGGUUAUCGAGGAGAAGUUGCAGCUGGAAGAAAACAAAAAAUUGGAAGUCGAUUCUUUGCAGAUGGUUCUGGAGGAAAGAACACAAGAGAAGGAACGAUUAGAAGAAAAUCUGGAAACAUGGAGACAAAAGUACGCUAGCCUUGAAAGCGAUGUGACACGGCUUCAAAAUGAACUUAUUUUCGCUGUGGAAGAGAAGCGUAAAUUCGAGGAAAGAUUGUCUGUUGCGAGUGAAGAAAGCGCGAUGAGAACAAAGGAACUUGAGACUCAAAUGAAGCAGCUGGAGGAAAGGUUGUCCAGUGCCGACGAGCAGGAGCGAAUGAUGACUCAGGUAAUCGAAGAGAAGUUACAGUUAGAAGAAAACAAGAAAUUGGAAGUUGAAUCUCUGCAGAUGGUUGCGGAGGAAGGGAGACGAGAAAAGGAACGGUUAAAAGAAAAUCUGGGAACAUGGAGAGAAAAGUACGCUAGUCUUGAAAGCGAUGUGACACGUCUUCAAAAUGAGCUUGAGUCCGCUUUGGAAGAGAAGCGUCGAUUUGAGGAAAGAUUUUCUGUUGCAAGUGAAGGCACGGUGAGAACAAAGGAACUUGAGGUUCAAGUGAAGCAGCUGGAAGAAAGGUUGUCCAGUGUGGACGAGCAGGAGCGAAUGAUGACUCAGGUAAUCGAAGAGAAGUUACAGCUGGAAGAAAACAAGAAACUGGAAGUUGAUUCUCUGCAGAUGGUUCUGGAGGAACGUACACGAGAAAAGGAACGGUUAGAAGAAAAUCUGGAAACAUGGAGAGAAAAGUACGCUAGCCUUGAAAGCGAUGUGACACGUCUUCAAGAUGAACUUGCUUCCGCGAUGGAAGAGAAGCGUCGAUUUGAGGGAAGAUUGUCCUUUCCAAGCGAUGAAGAUUCAGAAAGAACGAAGGAACUUGAGAUUCAAGUGAAACAAUUGGAGGAAAGGUUAUCUCAUGCGGACGAGCAGGAACAAAUGUUGACACAAGUAAUCGAACAAAAGUUGCAGUUGGAAGAAAACGUGGACCACUUAAAAGCAGAACUUGUUCAAAGCAAGGAAAAUUACGAAGCGAGUUCAGAAGAAUUUAAAACAGAACAAGAAACCAAGAUAACACAGUUGACGAAAGAACUGGAGCAUGUGAAGGAACUGCUCCAGACGGCCUCGUGUGAAUUUGAACAAAAAGACGUGAUCCAACAAAAACGAGAAGUAGAUGCAAAAGUGUCUGACCUGGAAUUGCAGCUUGAAAGAAUGAUCAAUGAGAAGAAAGAAUGUGAACAGACUCUGGAAAGGGUCAAGAAGGAGAGAGAUGAGAUCAAAAAUGAUUUAUCUGAAUCCAUCACUGACAAUGCUGACUUGCAGAAGGAUCUUUUAGAGAUUCAGCAGAAAGUUAAACGGUACAAGGAUCGCAUACUUGAGCUUGAAAAUGAGUUGGAACAGGGAGCGGCAGCAGUGACGGCAUACGAGCAAAAGAAUGCUGACUUGCAGAAGGAUCUUUUAGAGAUUCAGCAGAAAGCUAAACGGUACAAGGAUCGCAUACUUGAACUUGAAAAUGAGUUGGAACAAGGGGCGGCAGCCGUCACGGCAUACGUGGAAACGGUAACGGACUGCUUUCACUUACAGUCUCAACGGGCCAUUCGCCGUUCAAUAUAUAUAUUUAUUAUCUGCAGAAAAGAACACUCCUCUCUAGCCGAAGAGUUGCAGCACCUCAAAGACUCUCUGUUAAGAGAUACAAACCGAGGAAUGGAUCAGCAAAGGGUGAUUGACAAGAUGAAGGCGGAGAGACGAGAAACAAUCUGCGUCCAGGCCCACCAACGCCAAGAACUUGAAAGAGACCUGGGCGAAGCAGAGAAAAAGGUUUCUGAGUUAGAAUCCCAGUGCACUCUCUUGAAGAGCGAGAAAGACCUUCUGGAGCACCGUCUUGAGGUGGCCAAUAAGAAAGUGGAGGAAACUAGACAAGAGAUGCGUGACGUGGAAAACCUACACAGCUCACACAUCAUCCGCGCUGUCACGCAGCUGGGUGACGACAAGGCCAUGCAGAAGAUCAAGCAGAUGGAGUUCAGCAUAGACCUCACCAAACAGAAAUGCGAUAAGGCUGAGAGACGAGUGAAAGAGUUGGAAAAUGAGAACCGUCAGCUCAAGGGCGCAGACAUUCGUAAUGGAGCCUUGAUGGAAGAACGUGACAACCUCAAACAGCAAGUGCAGCAGGCUAAGCAGCUUUUGGACGANAGCCGAAGAGUUGCAGCACCUCAAAGACUCUCUGUUAAGAGAUACAAACCGAGGAAUGGAUCAGCAAAGGUCGCUCUUGAGGAAGAAAGGAAGAGAUUGGAAGAAGAAAUGGCUCGAGUCGCUGGCCUCUGUGAGGAAUUGGAGAAAGUAAGAGCAACGAAUGUACAAUUAGAAAGAGAGGGCAUAAGGCUUACAGAGGAGAAUGACAAACUGGAAAGUCUUGCCCAAUCGAAAACCUUCAUUAUUGAGGAAGAAAGGAAAAGGUGGAAAGAAGAAAUGGCUCAAUUCGCUAGGCAGUUCGAGGAAGAGAAAACUCUACUAAAAGAGCAGUUGCGUGAAAUCAGUGCCUUAAAAGUCAAGGAGAGUGAAGAUUGCUAUUCAGAGAAGGACGAAAAAAUCAAGAACUUGGAGACUAAACUGGUGGCUGCUACUAAGAGCUGUGCGGACUACAAGGAAAGCGUCGAACACUACCAGCUGAAAUUGGCCAAGGCCGAGUACGAACUGGACAACACUGUGUCCAGGCUUGCCCAACUGGAAAAACAGAACUCCACGAAUACAACGGAUGUCAAAGAAAUGGAAUCAUUGCGAAAAGAAUGCGAGGCAGCUAAGAAAAAGACGAAAGCGACGCUUGAAAAAUACUUUGCUGAAUCCGACAGACUCAAAGCCAUCAUAGAUGAAAUGCAAGAUGAAGAGGAAGAUUAUGUUCGCCAAAUUGAUGAACUUAAAGUAAAUGCUGCCAAGAAAGAUGCCGAAUUGUCUCAACUACGUGCUGACCUGGCCGAGGUGAAGAAGACUCAGAAUUCCGCUAGACCAGUGGACCACAGCGAGAUAGAAUCAUUGAGAAAAGAAUGCGAAGCGGCGAAGGAGAAGACAAAAAAGACACUGGAGAAGUACUUUUCGGAGUCCGACAGACUCAAAGCGAUCAUUGAUGAACAACAAGGUAUUUUACAUUCACAGGCGUGGUGGAGGCGCGGUGGCCUCAACGAGUCUGCCCUAGAGCAACUUAACACAACGAUUCGCGUAAAACACGAAGAGCUGGAACACAUGACGUUCCUGGUGGACGAAAAAGACAUUGAAAUUGCAGAGGUACGUUCCAACCUACAGGAAAACGAGUUCAAACAACUUGAAAUGGUGGAAAAGUUCCGACAAAAUGAAGAGCGGUUACGUGAACUAGAGAGCGAGCUAAGCGACGUGAACAAAAAUCUUCAGGAGGCGAGAAACGGUCGCGAAGAAACCGAUGCUAAGAUAAUGGAACUCAAAGAAAUAAUACAGCAGCAGGAAUCAGAAUUAAUCUCGAUGAACGAAAAAAUUGAAUCGAGUAAUGUGGAAAGCAAGACGCAAAGUCAGGAAAUUAGUUCAAAGAACGAAAAGUUGGAAAGCGACCUUCAAGAAAUGCAGCACAAGCUUCUUGAAGUAGAAACCGAACUUGAAUUUACUAAAAACAGCUUGGACAACGCGGUCGCUGAAAUUGAAGGCCUGAAUAAUGGGAUAAAGAAGGCCCUUGAAGAAAAAGAAGCGUUAGAGGUGAAACUUCGCGAGUUCCAGACGUCCUUUAAGAGGCAAAAUGCCGCUUUUAAUGAACAAAUAGAUGAGCUUCACAUAUCAGUUUUAAACGAAAAUGAGCUUGUGGUCGAGCUGGAAGAUAAAGUCUUACGAUGGCAGAAAAGCAAGGACGCCACUGAAGAUGAAAUUCGACGUGUUCUCGCGAAUCGACAGGACAACGUCUCCAAAGAAGAAAUGGAAGCGAAAAUUUCAACUGUUGUUAAUUCGGAAAAUGUUCUGCGCCAGGAAAUUGAAAAAGAGAAGGAGAAGAACGCGCAAUUAGAAAAUCAAGUAUGGAAGCUGGCAGAAGAGAAGAGCCAAUUAGAAAGUCUUGCUCAAUUCCAAACAGUCGCUCUUGAGGAAGAAAAGAAGAGAUUGAAAGAAGAAAUGGCUCGAGUGGCUGGCCUCUGUGAGGAAUUGGAGAAAGUAAAAGAAACAAAUGUACAAUUAGAAAGAGAGGGUGUAAGGCUAACAAAGGAGAAUGACACAUUAGAAAGUCUUGCGCGAUCGAAAACCUUCAUUGUUGAGGAAGAAAGGACAAGAUGGAAAGAAGAAAUGGCUCAAUUCGCUGAGCAGUUUGAGGAUGAGAAAACUCUACUAAAAGAGCAGCUGCGUGAAAUCUGUGCCUUAAAAGUCAAGGAGAGUGAAGAUUCCCAUUCAGAGAAGGACGAAAGAAUCAAGAACUUGGAGACAAAACUGGUGGCUGCUACUAAGAGCUGUACGGACUACAAACAAAGCGUCGAGCACUACCAACGGAAAUUAGCCAAGGCCGAAUACGAACUGGGCAACACUGUAAUCAGGCUUGAACAACUGGAAAAACAGACUUCCGCUUAUACAACGGAUGUGAAUGAAAUGGAAUCAUUGCGAAAAGAAUGCGAGGCGGCCAAGAAAAAGACGACAGCGACGCUUGAAAAAUACUUUGCUGAAUCCGACAGACUCAAAGCCAUCAUAGAUGACAUGCAGGAUGAAGAGGAAAAUUAUGUUCGCCAAAUUGAUGAACUUAAACAAAACGCUGCCAAGAAAGAUGCAGAAUUGUCUCAACUACGAGCAGACCUGGCCGAGAGGAAGAAAGUGAGGAAUAGACCAGUGGACCACAGCGAGAUAGAAUCAUUGAGAAAAGAAUGCGAAGCGGCGAAGGAGAAGACAAAAAAGACACUGGAGAAGUACUUUUCGGAGUCCGACAGACUCAAAGCGAUCAUUGAUGAACAACAAGAGAUAAUCGACAAAGCAGAGAACGUGAGAGAAGCUGAAGAGAAAAUGGAAGCUACCCGCAUUGAGCUAGCUCAAAAGAACAUGCAGCUACAAUCACUGCAGUAUGACUUGUACAAACUGCAAGAAAAAUACGACAAGGAAACGACCUCACUCACAAAAGAAGUGGAGUGCAGUAGGGAGAAAGUUGGAUUACUGAAGCUGGAAAUAAGGAGACUGAAGGAACAAGAGCCAGAAGAUACUAUAAGUUUCUUGCGUGGUCAGCCUGUUACCUUGAAGCAGAAACAAGACAGUGAUGUUGGAGUAAUUUCAAAUGUAGCUAUGUACUCGCUUAAGGCCAAGGUUGGAAAACUGGAGAGCGAGAACCAGAACUUAAGCGAGAAAGUUCAUCAACUUGAAAGGGAAAAGGCGACGUUAAGCUUGCUCAAUACAGAAUCAAGUAACAAAGUCACCCAGCUAACAAGCGAAAACAGAGCCCUUAAGAAGAAAAGGCGUAUAGAAGAGAGAGACGUCGGUAGACGACCUCCAGAAGGUAAACCGAGGAAUACAAAAUUCUUCCUUCCUCCCUUCCUCCCUCCAUCCCUUCCUCCCUUCCUCCUUCCUUCCUUCCUUCCU